AUGGGCUCGCCGACGUCAAUGGUGGAUGCGCGUGCAGCAGGCGCAACGCUGCCGCUGUUUGAGCAUUUUGUCGUCUGCGGGCUGUCGGGGCACGGCCUGCAGACGGUUCAAGGGGAGCCUGGGUUUCUGGGCACAGAUGUCAACUACAAGCCGUCGUUCCUGGAUCGGUUGCCGCACUCGGACAACCCGAAGCGCCAACCGCCACCGCAGCUGCCCACGUGCUGCCUGCCAGCGGGCGUCAACAUCAUUCUGAAAGAGGACAUAGCAGGUGCCGUUUUGAACCCCAGGAUGUACGCUGUGGUGCUCACAGAGGGCGACGGCACGAAGGUCUAUGCGAGCUGCCUGGCAUACUAUGACGAGCUCCCGGCAGAGCUGCGCGCUCGGCACGAGCAGCUGUGCGGCGCGCGCGCCCUCAAGGCGCUGUGCCUGCUGAGCCACCAACCCUACCUGGCGUGCAGCGAGCGGGUGCUGCGCGAGUUGUGCAACCUGGCGUUCGUCACCGGCAGCCCGGUGCCCGUGGUUGACGUCAUCAGCCACCUGCUGGCGGUGCCGUGCCCCUCCUCUGCCGGCUCCCAGGCAAGGCCCAUUCUCCCCUCCAGCCGAGCGGUCUGCUUCUCUGUGGGGUCCGAGCGUCUGGUCGCCUGCCCGCCGCUGCCCGUCGGGCCGCCGGCCGGCGAGCUGAGCCUGAGGCCGCUGGCGGAGUUGCUGAGCCCGCACAACAUGGCGGCGCUGUUUGUGGCGGUGCUUCUGGAGAGACGGGUCCUGCUGCGGAGCCGGCAGUACCGCCUGCUGACGCUGGUGGCGGAGUCGGUGGUGCGCCUGCUGCACCCCUUCAAAUUCCAGCAUGUGUACAUCCCUGUCAUGCCCUACAGCCUCGUGGAGUACCUGGAGGUGUGA